AUGCGACAUGAGACAGACGGUAGACAUGACGAGUCAGGGCGACAUGUUCUGGAAGUCCCACAAGGGGAGCGCAACCUGGCCAGCCCGCACGUCCGCCGUGCAUGCGAGCGAGACAUCAUGUGCCUCCCCACGCCCAGCCGCAGACCCAUUCACAUCACAAGAGCCACGCGCGCGGCGGCGGUACACGGGGGGGUGCACGCCGUGGGCACACCUGGCCUAGGUGGCGUUGGGGGCCCUGGAUGCGUUGUUCCUUUCUCUCCAGGGCAGGGCAGGCCAGGCCAGGCCAGGCGGAGGCCGUGUGGGAGGAGAGAGGCGGAGGAGGCUGCUGCUGCUGCUACACCACCACCCGUACCGUCCCAGCAUGUCGUAGUAAGUAUAGCAUGUACCGUACGCCCGUAUGGGCAUGGCGAGCUGGCCACGAGCGUCGCAGAGACUGACGCCAUGGACCACGGGCUCAGCGUGAGAGUCGGCCAAAGAGCGGUAGAAAGGCCGGACGGGCUCUGGAUGCAAUCUGCCGGGGGGUGCUCCGGCGGCCCUUAUCCUAGGGCUAGGGAUGCAUGGGUAGGGUAG